AGGCGCGAAGGCUGCCGGGAAAGAUACGCUGCCUGCCAUAGAUUUGUCCAAAAUGGCAACCCUGGAAGAGGAAAUCGCGUUGUCUACGGUGGUCCUGGGUGCCGGGCCUGACGGCCUCCUGGGCGUGGAGCCGACCGACAAAGCCGACCAGUUUCUCGUGACGGACAGCGGCAGGACCGUCGUCCACUAUAAGGUUUCUGAUCAGAAACCACUGGGGAGCUGGUCAGUGAAACAAGGUCAAGUUAUAACAUGUCCAGCUGUGUGCAGCUUUCAAACUGGAGAGUAUAUUGUUGUCCAUGAUAAUAAGGUUUUGAGAAUAUGGAAUAAUGAAGAUGUAAACCUGGAUAAAGUAUUUAAAGCUACUUUGUCAGCUGAGGUAUAUAGGAUACACUCAAUACAAGGCACAGAACCCGUAGUGCUGUUCAAGGAAGGCGCAGUUCGUGGUUUAGAGGCCUUGCUCGAAGAGCCCCAGCAGAAAAUUGAAGCUGUAAUCUCUGAUGAAGAAGUGAUUAAGUGGACAAAGUUUUUCAUGGUAUCCAAGCACCCUGUUUUGAUUUUUAUUACUGAAAAACAGCAGCAGCAUGGGAAUUACUUUGCUUAUGUACAAAUGUUUAACCCAUGUACCUUAAGCAAAUAUACACUCUUACUUGGAGAAGAAGAAAAAACUGUUAUAAAGAAUUUUACUGCAUCUGUGGAUCGGAAAUUCAUCUGUUUGAUGUCAUUAAGCUCUGAUGGAUGUAUAUAUGAAAGCUUGAUACCAGUAUAUCCGAGUGAUGGAGAGAAAAAUCAGAAGGUAGUUAGGUCAUUGUUGCUCAAGACUGUUGUGUCUGGCAGUGCUCAGAAAAGCGUUGCCCUCACCAUUCUGGAUCAGAAUCACGUGGCAGUCCUGGGACCUCCACUACCAGCUUCUAAAGAAUGUCUCUCCAUAUGGAACAUAAAGUUUCAAACCCUGCAGACUUCAAAAGAGUUACCACAAGGAACCAGUGGUCAGCUCUGGUAUUAUGGGGAAACUCUAUUUAUGCUCCAUGGAAAAUAUCUAACUGUGAUUCCGUACAAGUGUGAAGCGUCAUCAUUAGCAGGUGCUCUUGGAAAACUCAAGCAUAGUCAAGAUCCAGGCACUCAUACCAUACCCCAUUUUGUAAACUGGGAAACAUCUCAAGGCUGUGAACUUGGAUCCCAGAACUCAGAACAGUCAAAGAGAAUUUUAAGGAGAAGAAAAACUGAAGUGAGUUUACAGCCAGAGGUUCCAGCAUCCACACAACUUCUGUUAAACAUAAAGAAAGAUUCAGAAAAACACAUCGAAAUAGAACUUCGUAAAUUUUUGGCACUUAAGCAGACACCUGACUUCCACACUGUUGUUGGGGACAUAGUGGCAGGACUCCUGGGAAGAUGUAAAGAAGAGCCAUCGUUUUAUCCCCGGAACUGUCUGAUGCAACUUAUCCAGACACACAUGCUUUCCUACAGUUUGUGCCCCGGCUUACUGGAGAUUGCCUUAGAAAAGACAGAUGUGCAGAUGUUACAGCUUUGUCUACAACAGUUCCCUGAUAUUCCUGAAUCAGUCACCUGUACUUGCUUAAAAAUUUUCUUAAGCAUUGAUGAUGACAGUCUUCGGGAAAUAGAUAUCAACAUGGAGUCAGUUUCUGACUAUAAUGAUACUGCACAAGAUGAGAAUAUGGAAGAGCAAACCGGAAUUCUUCAAAAUGGCUUCAGUUCUGAGGAAGACAACUGCAAUAGCUGUGAUCCAGAGCUAAACCAAAAACCUCAGGAUGCAACACAGGCGACCACGUCGUGCCCCGUCAUACCACAGAGGGCAGCUCUGCUAAAUGCAAUUCUUCAUUCAGCGUAUAGUGAAAUAUUCCUUCUGCCUUACUUGAAAGACAUCCCAGCACAACAUGUCACUCUGUUUCUCCAGUAUUUGUAUUUUCUUUAUCUGAAGUGUAGCAAAAAUGCUACAAUGACGCUUCCUGGAAUACACCCUCCAACUCUAAGCCAGAUUAUGGACUGGAUAUGCCUGCUACUAGAUGCUAACUUCACUGUUGUGGUUAUGAUGCCAGAAGCAAAGAGGCUACUGAUGAAUCUGUACAAGUUUGUAAAAUCCCAGAUCUCCGUUUAUUCCGAGCUUAACAAGAUAGAAGUAAGUUUCCGGGAGCUACAGAAGCUAAACCAGGAAAAGCACAGUAGAGGACUGUAUUCAAUCGAAGUGCUACACCUCUUCUGACACGCCAGCUUUCCUUCACGUGACUUCGUAGUCAUCUGAACGAAGUGCUGUUCUGUUUGUGAGCAUCUCACAGCAUCGCGAAUCCCUGGACCGUCACUCACUGACGCUCUUAGGUGGGACUGCAGGUUUCACUGAACCUGUUCUAGAUUGUGGACAUCACGGGCUUGAACUUCUGAGUGUUUUUUAAAUAUGUGACUGAACUGCUUUUAGGUAAACUUAUUUCUGUAUUGAUAAAAAUUUAAUUUUUUAUCAUGUA